CAUGUUCAAAAGACGCAAGACACAUCACCUUUAAGAAAACAUCUCUGCAUUCAUCAUCCAUAACUGCUUAUCCAGUAGAGGGUUGCAGUGGUUGCUUGGAGCCAAGCCAGGAAGCCCAGGGCACAAGGCAGAGAUACACCCUGGAAAGGACGCCAGCCAGUUGCAGGGCCUUUAUAAGACAACAGCUCUAUGCUGUUUUAUUUUGCUGUUGUUGCUUUGUGACAGAGAAAUGAAUAUUUCACUAGAACUGGAAACAUACCAGUACUGCUAUCCAGCAGCUAAUGGGACGUGUGUUAAAAGCAGCUACUCUGGAUUUGCCAGGUUUGCCUUAUACAUGUUUUUUGCGUCGGGGAUGACCGUGACCAUCACAGGCAAUCUGGUGGUCAUCAUCUCCAUUACGCACUUCAAGCAACUGCACACACCGACCAACAUGCUGGUGAUGUCACUGGCCCUGGCCGACCUGCUUCUGGGGGCCGUCGUGAUGCCCUUCAGCAUGAUCAGAUCGGUGGAGGGCUGCUGGUACUUUGGAGAUACUUUCUGCUCAUUGCACUCUACUUUUGACUUGUUCCUCUCAUGUGUUUCAGUCUUUCACCUGAUUUUCAUUGCGGUUGAUCGAUACCAGGCAGUUUGCAAUCCUCUGCGGUACCAUAACACAGUGACCAUUUCUGUGGCUUGGCUGAUGGUAGCGUUGAGUUGGGCUGCAGCUGCUUCUUACUCCUACAGUCUCCUUUACUCCAUGGGCAGUGUGAUGGGCCUAGGUGAAUACAUCACUUCCAUUAAUUGCCUGGGGAGUUGCACCCUUCUAUUUAAUGUGUUAUGGAGCACCUUAAAUACUCUGAUUGGAUUUUUCCUGCCCUGUUCGGUAAUUAUUGGCCUUUAUAGUAAAAUAUUUCUGGUAGCCAGACAACACGUCAGGCAGCUUGGAUGUUCAAGUCAGCAGCCAUGUUUUACAGAGGGACAUGGCAACAGGAAAUCUCACAGCUCAGAGCGAAAGGCUGCAAAGACCCUUGGCAUUGUUGUAGGUGCCUUCAUACUCUGCUGGAUGCCUUUGUUUGUCAACUCUAUACUCGACCCCUAUACUGACUUUGCAACUCCUCCUGUUCUUUAUGAAGGUUUUGUCUGGCUGGGUUAUUUUAAUUCCACGUUAAAUCCUAUAAUCUACGGACUGUUUUAUCCGUGGUUUCAAAGGUCGUUGAAACUCAUUUUAUCUUUAAAGAUUUUUGAUGCACAUUCCUCAGAUACAAACGUUUUUUCCUGAAAGUUGAUUUUUCAUAAAUCCACCACAUAUUUCUGUAUAUUUACCAUAUAUACAUACAGAAUGUCCUUAAUUUUUUGUUUUAAAAUAGCAGAAGUAGGUGUUUGAUAUUUGUUUGAUUUGUUUUUUGUAUUUUACCUCUUCAUUUAUUUUUGGUAACAUUUUAUUUUGUCUCAAAUGAAAUUGCACCAACUCACCAAUGGAUACUGUAAAAUAUUACAAUUAAUAACAUUGUUAACCAUCUCAUGCCCGACAGUCGCUGCAGGCUGGCAGGACAUUUUAACUUGAUAAUAAAUUAUGAAACCAUAACUGUCACCAUCACAUGUUUUUGGUGUCGGUUGUCAUUUCUAAUAAGACAUUUAUGAUCAAAUAUAUUCACUAAUUCAUUUUCAUGUAAUAGUUUUUUUUUUUGUACGUUUAAUGUUUCAGAAGUGCCACCUCAAUAUGCAUACAGAAACAUUCUCAUUCUUGUGUUAUAGUGGCAGCACUGCAGUAAUGGUUAGAAUAGAAACUCUGCAGGACAAGUCACACGACGCAGUAACAGUUUAAGGGGCAAAGUGUGACCAAACUUUGCCAAGGUGUUUGUGGAAAGCUGGUCAGAAUAAGCAUGCCGACUCUGAUUGGCUCUCUCAGUUUUUAAAGAGGAAUUCCACUCCAAUCAUCAGAAAGCAAGGCCAAAGAUCUGACAGGCCCCACUUUCCCGGGGAGCUUUGGUAAAGAGGAAAAACGCAGCUCGGCCCCCAGCAGGCUCCGCCAGACCUGGCCAGGCCACCCGACGGCUGACUGCCAUCACUGACCAGCUCCCAGCUCUUUAUCUCCUCACAGGCCUUCCUGAAAUCUCUCUCUCCCAGUGAUGUGGAAAUUUGAAGUUCUUCAUAGCUUUCUACCAGAUAAAGGUCUUUAUUCAACAGUCUGCAGUGCAACACAAAGCAGACAUGUGCAUGUGGGCGGGGCUUUGAUGACACAGACAAACGAGAAGAGCCCUUUAGCUCUUUCUUGCACCCUCCUGAUUCCAGAGACCAGUCAGCAUAUCUGUAAUUGACUGUGUAUGUGCCCUGUAAUGAACUCACAUCCCGCCCAGAGUGUACCACAGCCUUGUGCAUGCGCUGCCUGGGAUAGGCUCCAGGCCCCUGGUGACCCUGGCCAGGAGUGUGGAAAAUAGAUUAAUGAUUAUUUAGCGCCCCCUACUGGCCACUGAGUAAUACUAUAUUGUCAAACCCUAAUUUUAAUAGUACAUGACUU